GGAGGCCGUGCGGAGGAUCCCCUCCCGAUUCCUGCUCCUCGGUGGACGACCUUCUCCAUCCAGACUACCUGGAUGGCAAGGGCUGGAGCCUCAACGUCGUUGAGGGUGGCGGCGUGCAAGGGCUGACGUGGCUGCGGUGUUCGCGGCCCGACCAGCUGCUGGCCGCGUUUGCCUUCGCGCGCACAAACCUGGUCUACGCCGAGACGAAGCUGAACAAGGCCUCGAGCCGCAGCCACGCGGUCUUCCAGGUGCGCGUCCGGCGGCAGGACCGGGCGCGCGCCGGGCCCGGAGGCCUGAUCAACAGGCACGCGGAAUACACCUGUUCACGCCUCAACGUCGUGGACCUCGCCGGGUCGGAGCGUGUGAAAAAGAGCGGUGCCGAGGGAGUCCAGCUGCGCGAGGCCACGAUGAUAAACAAGAGCCUCUUGUCGCUUGGCAACGUAGUGAGCGCGUUGGCUGCCAAGAAGGCUCACGUACCGCUGCGCGACAGGACUUCUUUUGUACAGCUUCCCAUUUGAUAUUUGCUUUCUCUUCCUCUCUCUGUUUUUCUCGCUCUCUCUCUCUCUCCCUCUCUCUGUUUUCGCUCUUUCCCCUCCCUCUCUCUCUCUCUCCCUCUUUUUUGUCUGUCUGUCUCUCGAUCUCUCCCUCCC